AUGCACACUGCUCCCAUCUAUUAUCUUGAGCACUUAAGAGAUGAAGAUUGUUGGCAACUGUUUGCCAAGCAUGCAUUUGACAACGAAGAUUUAAAUGCAUAUCCAGACUUGGUAACAAUUGGUAGAAGAGUUUCUGAAAAGUGCAAGGGCUUGCCCUUAGCUGUAAAAACACUUGGAGGCAUCUUGUGCUAUAGACUAGACGUUGCAAAAUGGAAAAGAAUAUCAGUGAAUGAGAUUCGGAAUUUCUCAGAUAAUGAGAGCUAUAUUCUACCAGCUUUGAGGUUAAGUUACCAUUGUCUUCCUUCACACCUAAAGCGGUGCUUUGCUUUCUGUUCAAUAUUCCCCAAGGACUACACAUUUCAAAGGCAGCAAAUGGUCUUAUCAUGGAUGAAGGAAAAUCUUUUGCAACGAGCAAGGAGAAAUAAGAGAAUGGAAGAUAUAGGAGAUGAAUGUUUUAAUGAGGAAUAUUGUUUUACAUUUGAAGAGGCCAACUCCAAGGAAGACAUGAUGAAGGUGCGCCAUCUAUGUUUCAAUGUCUAUUACCUUGAAGAGUUGAGGUAUUUCAGAGCAUUAUCAUUGCUUUGUUGUGAAAAUUUGAAGCACAUGUCUGAAUUGAUUGGUGAACUAAAGUGUAGUUACCUCAUUGAGUUUUCUAAAAAUAUGCAUCAUCUCAUUAACUUGCGACAUUUUGAUAUCAGUGAAAGUGACAAGGAUAUGGAGAUGCUGAGUCAAAUAAAUAAACUGACAAAUCUCCAAACAUUGAGCACUUCCAUUGUGGGAAAAGAUAACGGGACCAAAAUACUAGAAUUGAGAGAGCUUUCAGAUUUCCAUGGAGAACUUUCACUUGAGAAUUUACAGAAGGUUGCAAGUGUUAAGGAUGCAUCGGAAACCGAAUUGGUGGACAAGAAUUGUCUUGAAGCAUUGUGUUUGUCUUGGAAAGGUCAUACUAAUGAUUCAAAACAUGACAGAGAAAUACUUAAAGAGCUGUUGCCUUGCACAAACUUGAAAAUUCUUUCCAUUUAUGCAUAUGGAGGUAGAACAUGCCCAAAUUGCUACCCUCCCUCAAAACUCUCUAUAUUUACGGACUUAUGUGGAGUGCUGAGUGAGGGUGCUGAGUUUUACGGGUUUAGUGCAUCUAAUUCCAUGAGAAAGCCAUUUGCAUCACUGGAAUUCUUAAGUUUCAGUGAGAUGUUAGCAUGGGAAGAAUGGUCUUCAAUUGAAGCUGAAGAUGGUGAAGUUUUCCCUAGGCUUCAGCAAACUGAAAUAUAUAACUGUGGCAGGCUAAAUACUGCUGAUUUGCCUCACACCCUUCCAUGUUCAGCUAAGCUUAUAAUUGAUGGAAGCGAGGUUCUAGUUUCAUCACUCCCAAGGACUUCAGCUAUCCAAGACUUGGAGUUAGACAAGUGUGAAGAACCACAGCUGCAGCAACCUAACCAACAGUAG